AAAAUAUUAAAAUUUAAAUUAUAUUCAAUCGUCAAAACACAUAAAUUUUAAAAAUAUAUAACCCUUUGUAGAUCUAAGAUUUAACGGUUUUUAAAUAGGUAUAUUGGAUAAAAAGGUAAAACCUAAUAAUGCAUAAGAUCUAUUUAUCAAAAAAAAAAAAAUGAUGUAAUGCUCUUACAUCUUGUAUAUUAGUUUUAAAUUUAAUAGAAUAAAAUGUAAAAAAUGAAAAAAAGAGAACAUCACAUGAGACGUAGAAACGUCAAAGAACAUAGAACAGAAAUAGUAUUAUUAUAUGUGAUCACAAAACAAGACAGCGCCACCACAAAUCUCUGUCACGUUCUCUCCUUCCUUUUCAACCUUGUAUAUUAUUAUUUUCUUUUAUUUUCAUUUCUAACAUUUCUCUGUAAAAUCUCUUCUUAUAGAUUCCACACUGAAACAAAGAAAAAUUGUAAAAUGAAGAGCACUCACUCGCCUUUACCUGACGAGUCCAAGGAACCAAUCUCUCCGGGAUCUUCUCACCGGAAACAAAACAAGGAGGUCACAAAAACAUGUUUUCCGGAGAGCAUUACGAGUCGCCGGAAUAUAAAGGUCCAGCCGGAGACAACACCGGUGUUGUCUGGACGUGAGAGGCUGAAGAGACACAGAGAAGAAGUUGCUGGAAAAGUUCCAAUACCGGAGAGUUGGGGUAAAGAAGGAUUGCUUGUGGGGUGGAUGGAUUUCUCUACCUUCGACGCUUCUUUUACGUCUAGCCAGAUUGUCUCUGCUCGAGCUGCGUUAAUGGCUGACGCCGGAGAUGAUCCUGGCGCUAGAGAAAGUAGGGCUCAGCGGCUCAGGGUUGAGAGCUCUUGUUAAUUUCAAUUCUUAGAGAAAUAUGUAAGGAAAUAAUUCUUACCGUGAUGUUGAAUGUUGUUAGAUACAUGUCUUCAUAUUGAUUUUGGAAACUGAAAAUUAAUACAACUAUUCAAAGUUUCAAUUAGUAAAUUAAAUGAUUUAUUUGGG